AUGGCCGGGAGACCGACACGUGCUGGGGACUUGGAGUGCGAAUAUGGGUGUAUGACCAGGGUGUAUGCCAAGAGUGCGCUGACAAAAGAAGGGAAAUUCACUCCAACGUCGUCAGGUAGGGUCCAGAGAUGCAGCCACGAGAGGCACAAGGGGGCAGCCCCGCAGAUACGAGGAGAUUCGGACUGGCGGAAUGGGCGUGUGGCGACUGAUCAGAAUCCAAGUGAGGCUCAUUUGCGCUUCGUCCCAGGAUUCUCACGCAGUCCUUCUCUAACUCCUUCUCAUCCUCCUCCAACUCCUCCUUCUCCAACUCCUUCUCAUCUUCCUCCAACUUCUCCUUCUCCAACUCCUUCUCAUCCUCCUCCAACUCCUCCUCCAACCUUCCAUCUCUCAACACUGCGCUUCUCCAACUCCUUCUCAUCUUCCUCCAACUCCUCCUUCUGCAACUCCUUCUCAUCUUCCUCCAACUUCUCCUUCUCCAACUCCUUCUCAUUUCCUCAACUCUCUUCUCCAACUCCUUCUCACCUCUCUCCAAAUCCUCCUCUCAACUCCUUCUUCAUCCCCGUCAACUCCUACGUCUUCCAACUUCCGUUAAUCAUCCUUCCUCCAACUCCUCCUCCUCCAACUCCAUCUCAUCCUCCUCCAACUCCUUCUCAUCCUCCUCCAACUCCUCCUUCUCCAACUCCUUCUCAUCUUCCCCAACCCUCUCCUCCAAACUCCAUUAUAAUCUUCCUCCAACCUUCUCCCAAGUGGACUUCCUCCAACUUCUCCUUCUCCAACUCCUUCUCAUCCUCCUCCAACUCCUCCUUCUCCAACUCCUUCUCAUCCUCCUCCAACUCCUCCUUCUCCAACUCCUUCUCAUCUUCCUCCAACUCCUCCUUCCUUCCCCAACUCCAUUCCUCAUCUUCCCUCCAACUUCCUUCUUCAAUCUCACCUCCAACUCCAUUCCUUCCUCCUCCAACUCCUUCUCAUCUUCCUCCAACUCCUCCUUCUCCAACUCCUUCUCAUCUUCCUCCAACUUCUCCUUCUCCAACUCCUUCUCAUCUUCCUCCAACUUCUCCUUCUCCAACUCCUUCUCAUCUUCCUCCAACUCCUCCUUCUCCAACUCCUUCUCAUCUUCCUCCAACUCCUCCUUCUCCAACUCCUUCUCAUCUUCCUCCAACUUCUCCUCCUCCAACUCCUUCUCAUUUUCCCUCAAAUCCUUCUCCAAACUCUUCCUCCAAUCCUUCCUUCCAAAUCUCCCCUUCUCCAACCAACCUUCCUUCAUCCUCCUCCAACUCCUCCUUCUCCAACUCCUUCUCAUCUUCCUCCAACUCCUCCUUCUCCAACUCCUUCUCAUCUUCCUCCACUCUCCUUCUCACUCCUUCUCCUUCCUUAACUCCAACUCCUCCUUCUCCAACCUUCCUCCAAUCUAUCGUAGUAGCCAUCUUGCUUGUGAAAGUGACCAGAUUUCAGUAUGGGGUGAAGGAGGAGGUUGGAGAGAAAGGGAAGAUGAUGAAUGGAAGAGGGAAGGGAGAGGGUGGUGGGGAGGAGAAGGGGAGGCGGAGAGGAGGGAGGGGAGAGACCGUCAUGCAUCCUUUCUCCUCUUUCUCUCAGCCCCUCUGUCAGCCCUCCUCUUCCUCAUGUAUCAGCAUCACCACCAUCAUGACCACCAUCAUCAUUAUCAUCAUCAUCAAGGGGAUGAAGACAGAGAAUUUGGAGGUUCCAGUUGGAGUAAAAGGAAGUGUGGAGGAUUUUGAGGGAGUGGGAAAAAUUGGAGAGGGAUGGAGUAUUUCCCCCCUCUUCCCUUUCCCCUAACCCCUUUCCCCAUCCCUCACCCCUUCCCUGUUACUCCUCCUUCCACCUCCCUUACCUCAUUCUCUCACCCCUUCCCCUUUUACUUCUCCUUCCCCCGCCCUUACCUUAUCCCCUCUCCCUUCCCCAACCUUUUCCCUUCCCCUUUCCAUUCCCCCUCACCUUCAAACUCUCCUCCCAAUUCUAACUCCCAACGCAAUUUCCCCCCCCCCACCAGGAAAAGGAGAAGAGGAGGAGGAGGAGGAGGGGGUGAGUAAGGAGCAGGUGGAGGAGAGAGAGAGGGAGAGAGAGAGAGAGAGAGAGAGAGAGAGGAGAAGAUAA